AUGAACGGCGACGGCGACGGAUUACCCAUCGCCAAUAUACAACCUUUGCGCGAGGAUCCAGAUCGUGUCUCACUGGAAGAACACAUCGCCUACCAGCAACAGCUCAACCACAACCAAAACCAGAACCAAAACCACAACGGCAACAACAACCCUCAAAUGCGCAUCACAUCAGAGAACAUCAGUGACCAUAUCAUGUCCGACUCCUCAAGACUGUCACGCCUUUCGCCCGAGCGCAACUCGAUAUUCGACGACAGGCUUUCGCCAGAACGUGAGCUCCAGCCAUCUGUACCCCUACUUUCGCCCUCACGACACGUUUCGCCAGCGCGCGACUCGAUGUCUCCUGAACCUCGAUCAGAACCAUCUCACACGCCAGCCCCCACCGCAGAGUCGAAUACGCCGCCGCCGACAAUACCUCCGUCCUCAUUCGCCACCGGCUCGACUCGUGCAACUUCAACAGCGGGGACGUCGGAGCAGUCGUUUGAGAUGUUGUCGGGGUAUGACCCGAUCUCGCCUGCUGAUAGACACCGACAGUGGCAGCGCGAGCAGAGGAGGGAAAUCUACAAUAAUGGGGGGAAUUUACAGGGCGGUGGUGGUGGGUUUCGGCCGAACGCUGAUUUGCCGUUCCCGAUCACACCACAGCUCCUGCAGUACUAUCCUUACCCUAGCCAGCACCCAUCAUCACCACAGCAGCAUCAGAGAACUCCACUAAAGGAGGAUUUUGUUAAUAAUCUUCCUGGGCGCCGUUAUAGUGAGGUUGGGCAUUAUCAGGAGCAGCCUAUUCCACAAAAUCAAAUACUUAGAUCGCAUGGAGGACAGCAGCAGCAGCAGCAGCAGGGGAUGAUGUAUGACAGUCGAUUCUCUAACCACGGCAGUUUGCCGCCACUGCAGAGACCAAGCCCUGCCCAAAAUGGACUAAAUCCGCAUUAUAGAAGUUCUUCUAGUGAGGUUUCCGUAGGCGGAAGUUCGUGUAGCGGAAUCCCAAGCUUUGCGAGAGAGUUUGAAGGGAGAGGGAGAGGUUGGAGGUUUGAUCCAAUUCACACAGCAGAAUCUUCCCACCAUUCACCCCCACCUCCCCCUUCUUCCAACUUCUCAACCCCUCGCAAAGAAGAAUCUAUAGCUUCCGUCUACGUCAAUGAAUUCGCCUCUCAGAUAGACUCACUGCUCCGCUAUGCGAAACGCCCAUUUGUGGCGAUAAUGAUACUCGGGUUUUUUGGUCUCGUGCUUUCAACAUUAGUCAAUAACUUCUCAUCCGCGUCUCCCGAAACAUGGGGUGAAAAUACUUGGAAUAUUACUUACUCUGGGGGUCCUGGCACUCGCGCCAGCUAUGCAGACUUUCCCACACUAAUGAAUAUAGAGUCCUCGUUCGAGAAGAUUGUCGACUCUGCCGCCGGAGGAAGUGCUCUGGCGCGCGUCAUGAAACAAAGCGAGAUGGCUGUAAGCGACUUGUCAACCGUAGUGCGCUAUUCCGAAUUGAAAUGUAAAGAAACGCUUGCGGAGCGACUGGACGUGUUUGCCCGGGAUGCCAAAGGAAAUGUCCGGGCACUGCAAGGAUUUGGGAGCAAAGUCGGUGGCGUUCUAGAUCAGUUGCUAUCAAUAAACCAGUACGCUCUCCGCGAGCUAUCAAUGAUCAAACGCGAAUCCCAGCACCGUCCAUUCCUAUACCGUCUGCUAACCCCUACGUCAUUCUUCCGCUCCACCUCUCACUAUUACUCCGACGAGCCCGACGAUCCCCGCACCCGUGCCCGCGUCGCCGAGACUUUCAACAAGGCCGCCGAAGUCCUCGAGUCAAACCUCCGUCUCCUCGUUGCUGAUGGCGAAACAAUCUUCACCUCCCUCACCCAGCUCACUGAACAGCACAAACCCAUCUAUGAUGAGAUCGUCCGUGAGGUCGUCGACAUCAAGAAGGAAGAAGCUGUCGUUCUCUCGUCGCUCUGGACUAAAGUCGGUGGCAACGCCGCCCAGCGCAAGAACUUCCGUGAAAACGCCGAGCUCCUCGCGCUGAUUGGCAGCUAUGAGGAGCAGGCGCGAGGAUAUGUCGAGAGCACUGUACUCGAGUUGGACCGCAUGACCGCUGAUCUAGAGAAUCUGCGACGAAGAGUCGCAGAGCCACUAUUGAUCUCCGGGAGCAGUAACGGGAACGGAGGAAAGAGAGGGCGCGAUGAUGAUAUCGCAAGCAUCCCACUGAGCGUGCAUUUAGAUGCUAUUGAGGGGGCGGUGGAGCGACUGGUGCGGAAGCGGGCACAACGCAGGGAGAAGGAGGGGAAUUGGUUGAAGAAGAUACACGAUGGGGAGGAGCGGGCGAGGAAGGAGGAUAUCCUCGUUGAGGGAGCUGGGACACUCGCAGCUUAG